UGGAAAACACCAAUGCGUGUCGCUUAUUUUGAAUCUCACAUAUGUUGUUGCUGAUUUUGCAUGCUGAGCUACUGCACCGGGAAAAUGUCUCGAGUUUACGUGGGAAAAUUGAGCUAUCGCGCCAGAGAGAAAGAUGUAGAAAGGUUUUUUAAAGGCUAUGGGAAGAUACUGGAAGUUGACCUGAAAAAUGGAUAUGGCUUUGUAGAGUUUGAUGACCCCCGUGAUGCAGAUGAUGCUGUGUACGAUUUGAACGGCAAAGAUCUUUGUGGGAAGAGAGUGAUAGUGGAGCAUACCAUAGGACAGCGCCGUGAUGGAGGAAACAGAUCUGGAAGAAAGUCUGACCGCCUGCCCCUUUUGCUGGCCAUGGUGUCCCCCUUCCCAUGCGUGUGGCUCUUUGACCAAACUGGGCCCCUGGGCAGACCAUUAAAGCGAGCCAAUGUGAAUGAGGACCGCUUUUCCCAUUAAGCCGGGUGGUGAGGAUACCAAUGGGUUUAGGAGAUGUAAUCGUUAUGGGCGUGGAGGAGGGGACAGGUACGGCCCACCUACACGCACGGAUUACAGGCUGAUUGUGGAAAAUCUGUCUAGUCGUUGCAGCUGGCAGGACCUGAAGGACUACAUGCGUCAGGCUGGUGAGGUAACUUAUGCAGACACUAAUAAGGGUCGCAAGAAUGAGGGGGUCAUAGAGUUCAGGCAGUACUCAGACAUGAAAAGAGCCCUGGAGAAACUUGACGGCACUGAGGUCAAUGGAAGGAAAAUUCGUCUCAUUGAGGACCGACCUGGUGCCAGACGCAGACGCUCCUAUUCUCGCAGCGCCUCCAGGUCUCGCUCCAGGAGCAGGAGGUCUCGCAGGAGCCGAAGCCACAGUCGAACCAGUAGCCGCUCAAGACCCUCAGGCUCACGAUCACGCAGCAGGUCAACCAGCAAGAAGACGAAGGGCAGGGGCAGUAGGAUGGAGGAGAGCAGUAAUGGAGCUCGCAGAGGAGGUGAAAGCGCAAGGGAUAAUAGCUUGAGCUGCAGCCCCCAGAACAAAAAGAGUAAACGGGAGAACAAGAGGGGUCGCUCCUAUUCUCGAUCCAGAUCUCGGUCCAAAUCGGGCAACAACAGGGAUCUCUCCAGGGAGUCUGGGUCCAAAUCUCAGGAGGCAACCAAGAGUGGCGAUGAAGGCAGAGUGGCUGAACGGGUGCACCGUUCUAGAGCUCAUUCUCGAUCCAGAUCACAAACGUCACCAGAUGCUGAUCGGCGCAGGGAAUCUAGAUCUAGAUCCAGAUCCAAAUCUCGCUCACAUUCACGCUCAAAAUCGUAUUCCCGAUCUCGGUCCCACUCAAGGUCUCGUUCCUAAGUCCACUUCAAAAAAAUUUUUUUUUUUUUUUUUCUCAAUCAGUAUUUUUCAUCUUGUUUUCCAGUCUAACUAAAAUCUUUAAAACAAGAAUAUAUCUUAAAUUAGUGUUUGUUUGUUUUUUAAAUACCCCACUGACAAUUUUUGUCACUAAAUUGUUAGAUUUUUUGCUUAAAAUGAGUUAUUUGCUGUUGGGGUUAGAAAAUAAACUUAAUUCAAGGUAUACUGUCUGAAAACAAGUCUGAAUAUGUUACAUUUUUUGAGAAGCAAAUCUCUUGUUUUUAGAUGUUAUUUCUUGAAAAUAAGAUGACAAAUAGACUGAAAAUUGUUUUGCAGUCAAUGUCUAAAUGUUAUUCUGCCCUUCAUUUCUAUUAUUUUGAAGCGAACCACUUUUUUUUUUUCUUUUUUUUUUUCUUUCUUUUGUCAGAUAGAUCAGAUAGGUAUUAGGGAAAAUGCUUGCUUAUUCACAGUUCAGUAUUUUCUGGUAUUGUUAACCUUAUGCAUCAUUUUUAGUAGUGUUUUUAUUUGAAAAUUGCUUGCAUAUAUUUUAUUCACCAAGAGUAAAAUUGAGCCCUAACCUUUGCAUUGUAUACUUUAGACAUGUUCCAUAAAUGUUGUUAAGAUGGGGCAGAGUUUAUGGUCUUUUUACAACAAAUUUCUCCAUACAAAAUAAUAAAAAAAACUGCCUCACAA